UGCCAAAGGUCUAUAAAAGGGGGACCUGCUCCCUCUUCCCUCUUUCCUCUUUACCCAUCCUCGACUCAAAGCAUCCGCCCAACAAGUCUCAGUCCAAUCAUGAGAAUACUGCUCUGGUGCCGAGGACCUCGACCGCCCGACAGCAACCGUGAUCAGAACCAGCGGCAACCAAUCAGAUCUGAUAACAAAACCUACUAUUAUGCUGCCACAUUAGUUGAGCUUGGUUGUCUCCAAGCCUUGUCACUGAACAUCCUCUGGCUUGUGACGCUGCCCAGUCGAUUCGCUCCUGGAUGCAAGAGUCUGGCUUCAAUGCCAUCAAGAGUUCCAGAUCAAGGCCUAGUAGGGACCGCCUGUGGUGGUGGGCAAUUAUCCGGUUAGAACCAACCGUUACGUAUUGCGUGUAUAAUUGCCUAGUAGUAGCUUAGUUAGCUUUUCCAAACCGGUUGUCGCCGGUUUAUUCCCUGGUGUAGUAGCUAGUGCCAGUUUCUGUCACCUCUACACUAACUUUUGUCACUUCCGCCUGGAGGGCUUUACACUUGAACGAUGACCACCAAUGACCUUUUUUGCCAAAGGUAUUCCUGGUACCCAUGCGAGAUACGGAGCUACAUGAUGUGCUCGUGCAGAUGAUAUUUAUGUAAUGACACGUCCGGUGUGGUGAGAGAGUUCACCCGUAUGGUCCUGCAGAACUUUUGCUAUAGCCCAUUGUGGAAUGGCUUGGACGCAAAGAAAGUGACAUCUUGCCAGAUGAAUCCGCCAAUAUCAUGAUUAGAUCUUGGCCAUGUCAGUAGAAAAUGGUGGUUUAUUUAUAUAUGCGUGAAUUGAGCAAUAUUGGUGUGCACAAUAAGAAAAUCUCCGAUCCAUCUGCGUAUUUCCAUCACUAGUAGUAUCAUGACCUUGAAUGGUGCAACACACUUUUCCGUGCGCAAUGAUACCCAACCAUGCUUUCAUCUCCGUUCUCUGCCAUAUCAUCUGAAAGCGUGGCUGGCUUCCGACCCAACUGUGGAAAGAUGUCCCCAACAACCUGACCUACUAGUAGCAAAGUAUCAGGAUGACCUACAAACCCUGCGCAGGUUCGAAAGCAACUUGCUAGAUCCGUAUAGGAUUGAAUGCCUCCAGCAAAUCUAUGAUCGGGUUAUUGCGCAAUUUCGCAACUAUAGGCCAAUUCUGGCGGACAUCAAGCGCGAGUAUGACUUGUGCAUUGCCGCACUGCUCAAUAUAGUACAGGAAAAAGUCUAUCUCCGGUCAAAGUGCCAAAAGCUAAUGUGCGAAAACGGAAGCGAGGAGGAAUUCGACCAUCUUAGGUCGCUGUUGGUCAACCUUACUUUUCGAAAACAGAUGAUCGAGAAGGAAAAUGCUGAAUUGAAGAAAACCUGCGAAGAGGAGGAAACAAAGUUUCUGACAACACUAGGUCGAUCUUUUGUUCAAAAUGUAUCGUCGGACGUAUUCAGCGACAAGCAGAUGCAGCUACUACGCUCAAAGGAUAGGUGGGCGUCGGUAGAUAAGUGGAUGCAUGAAAAGGCUGCAGACGAAGACGUCUUCAAAGAGCUGCUUACAAAAUUCGAAGCCAAUCCAGAUUUUUAUCAAACGCUGCUGGAGAGUGAGGAUCUGGCCGACAUAUAUCAACCAAAAGAAUCACCAGAAAUGAGGAAGAUCAAUGCUGAAAUUGAAGAACAACAUAAAAUCAUGCAAGAGCGCAAAAAGGAAUUAGCGGACUUGAAGACUCGUCAGAGAGGGGCGCAGGGGGAGCUCAAGUCCGUUUUCGAACAGAUAGAGCACAUAGAAGUUCUGAUCGAGGUGGCUCAGUCAAGACUAGCAGCUGUAGAUAGAGAAAACAAAAGUGACGAGUAGGCAAUAGAUCAGAUCGUUUUUGU